CCUUUUAGUGCGUGACUCCUCCCCCUCUGCUUCACUCCCGGCAGGACACGUGACGGAGCGGUUGGUGCAGCGAAGGCCGGUAGCCGGUGUCUGUGGAGGAGGAGGGGAGAACCCUGUCCGUACGAUCAUGGAUCUGAAAUGGCUUUUUUGCUUGGCCUACCUGGUUAUUGGUGCUGUGAUGAUAAAUGCUCAUGACGGGCAUCACCAUGGCCACCACCAUCAUGAACAUGAACAUGACCACGACCAUGAUGAUGGACUAGACAUAGAAGAUGACAUAGAUGAUCUCCUUGAUGAUUCCGAAGAGCCAGAACCAGAAACCAGUACUCCACCCCCUGCUCCUAAGGUAACUUACAAAAUGCCGGUCCCAAUUGGUGAAGUCUAUGUUGCAGAGUCAUUUGACAAGGGAACGUUGGAUGGGUGGGUUCUUUCCAAGGCCAAGAAGGAUGACACAGAUGAUGACAUUGCUAAAUAUGAUGGCAAAUGGGAAGUGGUGGAGAUGAAAGAAACUAAACUCCCCGGGGACAAAGGACUUGUGCUGGCGUCACGUGCCAAACAUCAUGCAGUUGCCAUCAAGCUUAAAAAGCCCUUCGUCUUUGAUAAAAAGCCUUUGAUUGUGCAGUAUGAAGUAAAUUUUCAGAGUGGAAUAGAAUGUGGAGGAGCAUAUGUGAAGCUGCUGUCCAAAACCUCGGAUCAGAACCUAGAUCAGUUCCAUGAUAAGACACCUUACACCAUCAUGUUUGGUCCUGACAAGUGUGGUGAGGAUUACAAGCUGCACUUUAUCUUCCGUCACAAGAACCCCAAGACUGGAGAGUAUGAAGAGAAGCAUGCAAAGAAACCAGAUGCAGACCUGAAAUCAUUUUUCACAGACAAGAAAACCCAUCUUUAUACUUUAAUAUUGAAUCCAGAUAACACAUUUGAGGUCCUGGUUGACCAAACUGUUGUAAACCGUGGCAGCCUACUUAAUGAUGUCAAUCCCACCGUCAACCCACCUAGUGAAAUUGAGGAUCCUGAUGACAGGAAGCCCGAAGAUUGGGAUGAGAGACCAAAAAUACCUGAUCCUGAUGCUGUCAAGCCUGAUGAUUGGGAUGAAGAUGCUCCCUCAAAAAUCCCAGAUGACAAUGCAGUAAAACCAGAAGGAUGGUUGGAUGAUGAACCAGAGUACAUUGGUGACCCUGAUGCUGAAAAGCCUGAAGACUGGGAUGAAGAUAUGGAUGGUGAAUGGGAGGCACCACAGGUGGCAAAUCCCAAAUGUGCAUCUGCUCCCGGCUGCGGAGUGUGGCAAAGGCCAACAAUUGACAACCCUAACUACAAAGGAAAAUGGAAGGCACCAAUGAUCGAUAACCCCAAUUACCAGGGUAUCUGGAAACCACGCAAAAUCCCCAAUCCAGAUUUCUUUGAGGACCUGGAACCAUUCAAGAUGACUCCAUUCUAUGCUAUGGGCCUGGAAUUGUGGUCUAUGACUGCUGAUAUUUUCUUUGACAACUUUAUCAUAUGCUCAGACAGAGCUGUGGCUGAUCAGUGGGGAAAUGAUGGCUGGGGUCUGAAGAAAGCAGCUGACGGUGCUGCUGAGCCAAGUGUUGUUGGGCAGAUGAUGGCAGCAGCUGAAGAAAGACCUUGGUUGUGGAUAGUCUACAUUCUGACUGUGGCUUUGCCAGUCUUCCUAGUUAUCCUGUUCUGCUGUUCAGGCAAGAAGCAAACACCAGAUGCAAGCCACAAAAAGACUGAUGCCCCACAACCUGAUAUAGAGGAGGAGGAGGAGGAGGAGGAAAGAGAGACCAACAAGGAGGAUAAAGAUGAGGCUGCUGAAGAGCAGGCUGAAGAGCAAGCACCUGAAGAAGGGGAGGGAGAUGCUGGGCAUGGAAGUAACGAAGAAGAGGAAGAGGAAGAUGAUGAAGAGAAGGAAAGCAAACCUCAGGUAACCCAUCGCAAUCCACACUGCUAA